UUGCGUAUUUAUUUAUGCAAAAUGUUAAAUGCACUUAAAUAAAUAAAAAACAUUAUAAUAUAAAAAAAAUAUCAGCUAAGAUCAGCAGUAAAUUUACUGAAAUGUUUUUAAAUAAAGUGUUAUUUAUGAUCCAAAUAAUUAUUCCAUUAAUUGCGUGUGAUAAUGAAGAAAACACUACAUUUCUUGAAGAUGACUUCAAAUGUUCCUUGCCUGAUGUCACCAGUGUCGACAUUAACUUAGACAUAACAAGGUUUAGAUCAGAUUUCUCCAAGAUAUCAGAGGUGAAAUUUCCUGGACUCAUUGGUCCAUUGAACGAGAGGCUGAUAUGUAAGAUCAAGUGUAUAGAUGGAAACUGGGUUGGCCCACUCUGUUCCAGUACACCAGAUGGCAGAUUCCAGCCUAUUUUGAGAGAAUGUCUUUAUACAAAUGAUCAUCCUCGUUUGGCGAUUUCCUUCAAAAAUUCAUCUAUUGAUAAAAAUACUCCAUUCCCUCAUGGUUCAGUAAUUGUGGCCAGAUGUAAACAUUAUGGGCUAUACAAGCUGAAAGGUGAGAGUUUGUUGCGGUGCGAAAAUGGAGAAUGGACACCAAAAAUACCAGAAUGCGUGCCUACAACUGUCAUUACCAAUUUUACAGGCGAUGCGCCUCCCACUAUACAAUACACAGUGGUUAGUGGAUCAGCGGUUGUGGAGCCGUCCGGAGAAUUGUUUGUAUACCCGGACAGUUCUGUGCGUCUCGACUGUGUCUCGCUCCGUACAUUGGGUGAUCCUGACUGGAGUUGGACGCAGGCGCUCGGCCAACACAAUGCUGCGUGGUCUCCAGACGAAGGCGAGAAAGAGACGCAUUAUCGGUUGACACUAACCAAAAUGUCAGCAAGACAUAGCGAUCAGUACACUUGCACCUCGCCAGGCGGUCACACAAACACUGUUCUUAUUAAAGUUGUUAAUGUGGCGUGUCCUCAAAUAAAUAUAUCUUCAGCUAGAGUGCGUCAAUUCGCGCAAGGUACACGCCUGGGCCACUCCAUUCACUUCAGCUGUCAACCAGGGUUCCACCUCAAUGGAUCUUCGAUUCUAACCUGCAUGGGCAAUGGUCGCUGGUCCUCCCUGCCGCCCACGUGCGAGGAAACCUUCUGUCCAAUGCUGAACACCCUGGGACCUCACCUGAGCGUGGUGGAAUAUAACUCUUCGUACGGAGGUCGCGCUGUAUUCCAAUGCGCCUGGGGCUAUAGGCUGAUCGGUACGCCCGGCCUCGAAUGCGAGCUCGAUGGGAAAUGGUCUGGGGAUACUCCACUUUGCAUGCCCAUCUAUUGCCCAGACCCACUGGUUCCCGAAAAGGGGAAACUGUUAACGGAAGCGUCAGCGAAGCACGGCAAAUAUCCGGUGGGUGAUCUGAUGAUAUACUCCUGUGAUGACGGCUAUGAGGUUGUGGGGGAAUCGUCCAUAGUCUGCACCGAAAACGGUUUCUGGUCACAUCCACCGCCAUUCUGUCUUCCCCCAGCGGAAAUUAAGAAAACUGACACUAUAUACAUAGAAAAUACUACGCUAGUUCACUUUGAAGAUUAAUUUUUGAUCCAUAUUCAAUCGAUACUAGAUAAUAACCUCGUUCUUUAAUCUACUUCCUCUUUAUCUGAGCUUUACUAUUAUGCCUAUUACCUUUCUUUCAUUUAUCACCAUUCAAAUCUAUCUAAUUUUAGUAUGUUUAUUACCUUUAUAUCCAUCAACGUUUAAUACAAUAUUAAAUUGAAAUUGAAAAAAUCUACUAACAUUACUCUCCUAAAUCUCACAAAUUAAAUCUAAAAACAAAUAUGACAUCAUCUGUAGUAACAUAAAAUUGGGAAUCGAUCGAAGAUUAAAUUGUAUUUUAUAAAGAAGUAAUAAAACUUCCGAACGACUCACUAUUUUGCAGCCCAUUUGUCGAAAAUCAACUGAGAAAAUUAAAAUUUUGUGCAUGUUAAAUGAGUAAU